GUUUACACUCUCGCCAAAAAAAAAAAAAAAAAAACACAGAGUGGCGGCUCUGGAGCGAAUGUUUACCGAGCAAGCAUCGAGUGGUGGCGAGUCACACUGGAGCCUCGCUGCAUGGUAACAAAACAGGUGACCGGCUACCGCGGUUAGAUUAUAUAGCGUAAUGUUCACUCGAAAGGGUCAUGGAGACGUCAAGAAAUCUACACAGAAAGUUUUGGACACAAAGAAGGAUGUUCUGACCCGGCUGAAGCACCUGCGCUCGCUGUUAGAUAUCAUUGACAAGAGUGAGCUGAAGCCCUUCUUCGAGAACAACUGUUCACAGAUUUAUUUUAUAUUUUAUGAAAAUUUCAUUACACUGGAAAGUAACUUAAAGCAAAAAGGGAUCAAAUCUCAACGGGAGGAGCUGGACUCCAUCCUCUUUAUUUUUGAAAAAAUUCUGCAACUUCUGCCGGAGAAAAUCUACAACCGGUGGCAGUUUCACAGUAUAGGUUCAAUUCUUAAAAAGCUUCUACACACUGGAAAUUCAUUCAAGAUCCGAUGUGAAGGGAUUCGUCUCUUCUUGCUGUGGCUGCAGACCCUGAGAGACAACUGUGCUGAGGAGCAGUUUCUUAUCUUUGCCUGUCUGGUACCAGGUUUUCCUGCAGUGCCCUCAUCCAGAGGGCCUUGCACCCUUGACACCAUCAUAUACAACCCCUUCUCUAACCCUCCUGACGCCAAGGUGGUGCCAGAAGAGAUCACCCCCCUUGUUCCUGCUGGGGUCGGCGAAAAGGUAGCAGAUGACCAGACUUGUUACAUUCUUGAAACCCUGCUCAAGUUCAUGGUGAUCCAGGCAUCCAGUUUAGAGUGGAGGAACAGAGAGAACCAGGAAACGGGCUUCCGAUUUCUCUUCAGCCUGUUCAAGAAGUACUACCUUCCACAUCUCUUCCCCUCCUUCACUAAACUCACUAAUCUCUACAAGCCUUUAUUAGACCUUCCACAUCUUAGACCAAAACCCCUGUAUGUACCGGUGACAAGGAACAAUGAGAGCACCUUCUGCACCAGAGACCAGUACCUGGCACCUCGUGUGGCCUUCAUCACUUGGCUAGUCACCUUCUUUUUGAAAAAGUAUGUCAGUAGUGCUGUGCCAGCUCAAAGCACCAAGAACGGCACCGAAGUCCUUCCCAAACUCAUCCAGACUGUCACUGCAGGCAGUAGCAGCCAGGAGAAGGAAAAGGAGAAGAUUUUAGACAGCGAUACGAAUGGACCCACGGGGGAGACUGAGAAGAGCCAUUCCAACAGCAGCACGCUGUCAGACCGACGGGCCAGUGAUUCCAGUUUAUGUAGCAUCGAGGAGGAGCACCGCUAUGUCUAUGACAUGGUGCAUGCCAUCCUACUAUCAACCAGGGACAAUGUGAAUUUUGUAAACGAGGUCUUCCACCAGGCUUUCUUGUUACCGUCGUGUGAGGCAUCGGCAACCAGGAAGGUGAUCAAAGUGUACCGAACGUGGAUACUGCAGGAAAAGCCCAGCUUUAUGACAGAGCCUGAGAAAAUUAUGGAGGAGGAUGAAGUGGAUGAUGGCUCUGAACAGAUAAUUAGUGCAGAAAAUAACAACAUGGAAGCACAGACACUGGAGAGUCAUGGCCACAAGCGGUCGUCGAGCUGGGGGAGGACCUACUCUUUCAGCAGUGCCAUCAGUCGAGGCUUCCUCACUGAGGAGCAAAACAGGGACAUCAAGGCAGGCUUCCAGCCCACACUACAGGUAUUCCUGACCAACUCUUCCAAUGUGUUCCUGCUGGAGCCGUGCCAGGAUGUACCUAAGCUUCUGGAAAAUCAAGUUGAGGUGUGCAAGUGUGUGCUAAGCAUCUACCGACACAUGAUCAUGGAGCACACAAUGGACUCACAGACAUGGGAGCAGCUGUUGCAGGUGCUACUGAGAAUCACUGAAGCUGUGAUGAAGAGACCUUUAGAAAACCAAAGGAAAGACAGCUUUGCUGAAAGUUUGGCAUCUAUACUUUUUCGGACUAUUGUUGUGGCGUGGGUGCGAGCCAACCUCUGCGUAUACAUCUCACGGGAGCUGUGGGAUGAGCUGCUAACUGUGUUGUCAUCUCUGACGUACUGGGAGGAGCUGGUGACAGAGUGGGCCAGCAUCAUGGAUUCUCUUACAGCUGUGCUGGCCCGCUCCGUUUAUGGCCUGGACAUGGCCAACCUGCCGCUGGACAAACUCAGUGAACAGAAGGAGAAGAAGCAGCGAGCACGUGGAGUGUUCCCGGCUUCCCAGAAGGCAGCAGCAGUGGCACGGUCCUUCUCACUAAGUUGGAGAAACCAAGGGGAAGUGGGCGGGUCAGGAGUUCAGGAACCAAUGAGAAUUCGCUCUGCCACCACAUCUGGUGACCCGGGUGUGGAGAAGGCCCGCAACAUUGUCCGACAGAAGGCUUCUGCUAAGCGAAGCCAGUCCAUCAGCAACUGUGUUCACCUAUGCGAGGCUAUGCCCACAACUAAAAGUGUUCCUAUGCUGCUCCACACUGUGAGCUCUUUCUUGCCUGGUAACUCUGCUUGCUCUCACAGACUCUCAGAUGUAGAGGAGUGUCAGCUUUCGGAAUGUGGGGAGGAGCUAGGAGGAGGAGAGAGCCCACUCCUACGCAGCAGCAGCACCUCAGACAUAACCGAGCAACUCUCUGAUACAUUACAAGCCCAAAAGAGAGAGAACUCGCCUACUUCCUGUGGUUCUGAUAGCAGAACUUCUGAGGAGAGAGGAGAGAAUAUUGAGCCCCCAAUGAUCCUGAUCCAGCGAAGCAGCAGUCCAGCCGAGACGGAAAACCUUUCUGAGAGUUACCAAUACACAAGGGCCAAGCUCCGAGAGAAAAGCGAAAGUAUAAGUAGCGAGACAUCCAAUGGCUACCUGAAUGAAGCAGAGGUUACAUGGCAGGCCUUUGAGGGGGAGGUUGACAGUCAGUCCACCCAGUCAACCCAUAUGGACGUGAUCGCUGACCCGCAAAGCCAGGGGAGUCUUCUGCUUAGUCACCACGAAGCUCUAGCAGGUCCUGAGUGUGCUCUCCCUUCCCACUCUAUACCCCCACCCGAACACCACUACCACUACCCUCAGAACCCCCCCGCCUCCCCAGCUCUCAUGGUGCACACUGAGUGCCCGCAGGAUUGCCCCGUGGAUGACAACAUGCAUCAGUCUGUGUUACAUAUGCCACACCACUUGGACAGCAGCGAGUGUCUGGCUGAUGAUGUCAGCAUAAUUGCUGGUGGGACCCUGACAGGAUGGCACGCUGACUCGGCCUUCGUCCUAUGGAGGAGGAUUUUAGGUAUACUUGGUGAUGUGAACAACAUCCGAUGUCCCAAAAUCCAUGCCAAGGUCUUUUCCUAUCUUUAUGAACUCUGGCAAAAACUUGCCAAGAUCCGAGACAACCUUGGAAUUAGCGUGGACAACCAAUCAUCUCCUCCCCAGCCUGCCUUCAUUCCUCCCCUCCGUAUGCUCGCCUCAUGGCUCUUCAGGGCCACCAUGCUUCCAUCAGAAUACAAGGCAGGAAAACUGCAGGCCUACAAGUUGAUAUGUGAGAUGAUGACCAGGCACCAGGAUGUGCUCCCCAACAGUGACUUCCUGGUGCACCUUUAUCACAUCGUGCACCAGGGUUUGACAAGCGAUGAUCAGGAUGCUUUAAACACCAUUAUCCGUUACUGCACUCCACGAUUCUUCUUCCUUGGCCUGCCGGGUUUCACAAUGCUGAUUGGAGAUUUCAUCACUGCUGCUGCACGCGUCCUCAGUUGUGACUCUUCAGAGGCUCCCAGGAUGGAGGCUCAGACAAUUCUUGGCUCUUUAGUAUGUUUUCCCAAUCUUUACGUCCAUAUUCCAGUCCUGCGAAGCGUAGCUGGUUCUGAUGACAUUGUUGUAGGAAAUGAGGACAUCAAGGAUUAUCUUGUCAACAUCCUCCUUGAGGCCGCAACAAAGGAACCCUGUGAAGGGGCUCGGUGUAUUGCUGUGUGCAGUCUGGGCCUGUGGGUGUGCGAGGAGCUAAUGCAAGAAAAAAUCCAUGACCAGGUGAAAGAUGCCAUCAAUGUCCUAGGAGUAACACUAAAGUUUGGAAACAAAGCAGUGGCUCAGGUAGCCUGUGAUGUGUUUCGGUUGCUUAUCUCUCACUGGGAGCCUCUCCAAAAUUUGGAUCCCACUGUUCCAAAGAAAAUUAUUGAGAUAUUUGUGGCCACAAUAGCCUUUUUGUUGCCAAGCGCAGAGCACUCAACAGUGGAAGCGGACAAAAAGUUGAUGGUGUCCCUGCUGUUAUGUCUAUUGGACUGGUGCAUGGCUCUUCCCUUGAGUCUGCUGUUUGAACCUAUUACCAUGUCUUUGCUGGAGGACAACACAUCCCACAAAGCCCCAAUUCUGGACUACAUAUACAGGGUGCUGCACUGCUGUGUGUCAGGCUCCACGCUCCACACUCAGCAAAGCCACUACCUCCUCAGCCUGGCAGACUUGUCCACGGACUACGACCUCAUGUUGGGACAAGUUAAGAGCUUUGAGCCGCCGCCCUCCCGGCCGACCACCACAGACUUUGGCAGCUUGCUCACCGUAGCAGAGGAAAAGCGUCGACGGAGCAUGGAGCUGAUUCCCCUGACAGCAAGGAUGGUCAUGACACACCUGGUAAAUCAUUUGGGCCAUCAUCCUCUGAGUGGAGGCCCUGCCCUCCUUCACAGUCUAGUGAGUGAAAAUCACGACAAUCCAUACGUGGAGUCAUCCGAGCUGUCCUCAGAGGUCUUCAAAAGCCCCAAUUUGCAGCUAUUUGUUUUCAAUGACACCACACUGGUGUCCUACCUGCAGAUUCCUGCUGAGUCCCCCUCUGCCGGACACCCAACCCCUCACCUUUCCUCCCAGGUGCGCGUCAUUGUGCGUGACAUUUCAGGCAAAUACGCGUGGGAUGGGUCGAUUCUGUUUGCAACCACUCAGGAAGACUCUGAUCAUACUGGAGUUUUUAAUUCAGUGGAUCACACACUUUUGACCUCCACUACUCCCCCACACAGCAAAACAUUGCCCAGUUCUCCAACAAAAGGGCGGUCCAAAUAUCAUUCCUCAGUUUCAGAUUCCCUCUCCGACUCAAGCGAUGUAGAAGAGGUGGAUGUCCUUGAUAAACUUUUAGAGGAACUUGGCCAGGCCAGCCCAGAAUGCCUGUCCCAGUCUCAUUUCAAGCUAAACCAGCCAGCCCCGUCACCCUUGGGCAUGAACCUAGAGCUAGAGGACGCCAUCCUUGGUGCCAUUCUCCGCCAGACUCAACAGGAGGAAGAGCAGGUGCGAAGGUGGGACUCUGAUGUCAGAUUUCAGGCUGCCGGCAUGAGGGAACCGUCCCACCAGGAACCCAAAGCACCUUUUUAUUUUUGUCGAUUGCUACUCAAUGAUCUUGGCAUGAACUCCUGGGACCGAAGGAAAAAUUUCCAUUUGCUGAAGAAGAACUCCAAAUUGUUAAGGGAACUAAAGAACUUGGAUUCCAGACAGUGUCGAGAAACGCACAAGAUCGCUGUGUUCUACAUUGGUGAGGGCCAAGAAGACAAGUGCUCCAUCCUGUCUAACAGUGCCGGCAGCAAGGACUAUGAAGACUUUGUAUCCGGGCUCGGAUGGGAGGUGGACCUAGCCACACACUGUGGCUUCAUGGGCGGCCUCCAGCGGAAUGGCAGCACAGGCCUAACUGCUCCGUACCAUGCUACCUCCACUGUGGAAGCCAUCUUCCACGUCUCUACGCGAAUGCCAUCUGAUUCUGAUGACUGCCUCACCAAAAAGCUGCGUCACCUUGGAAAUGACGAGGUGCACAUCGUGUGGUCAGAGCACACCAGAGACUACCGCCGUGGCAUCAUUCCAACUGACUUUGGAGACGUGCUGAUUGUCAUCUACCCAAUGAAGAACCACAUGUUUUUUAUCCAGAUCAUGAAGAAACCACAGGUUCCCUUCUUUGGGCCUCUAUUUAAUGGUGCCAUCAUCAAUGGGAAGCUACUGCCAAGCUUAGUGCGGGCCACUUGCAUCAAUGCUAGCAGAGCUGUCAAGUCCCGAUUGACUCUCUACCAGAGUUUCUAUGAAGAAAGGGCGCUCUACUUGGAGGCCAUUGUCCAGAAUCACAGAGAGGUCAUGACAUUUGAAGACUUUGCCUCGCAGGUGUUCUCUCCCUCCCCAGGCUAUACAACGAGUGGGACAGCGUGCAGGCGUUGGCCGGGGAUGGUUUGGGACAUGGAAUACCCCUGGGCCAAACUGGACUGUUCCCUCUCCAGCAGCACAAACACCGAAGUCUCCGCCACCACUGCAUCAUCGACAGACCCUGUUGACCAGGUUUCUCCCAGCAUGCCCCGCGCCGCAAGGAACCGAGUUUCUGGAAAACUUCGCAGAUCGGCGAGUGCAAUAAGCAAAUCGUCCAAUUAAAUGUUCAAGUGCGGCAUUGUAAUUCUUGAAGAGCGGCGACUGCAAGAGCUUGGUAGCUUGUUUGUUUUUAAUCUCACCCAUAACUGGAGGGCAAUGCAAUGUUUAAUUUAAGUGUCAAUUUGUGUGGGCAUUCCCUCUAAGACCAACACGAGCCUUGCGUUCAGCCACUUUGACUGUGGUGUCUUAUGGAAAUAUGAGAAGUGUCUUUUUUCUUCUUUUUUUUUACUGUUGUCUCCUCUAAUGCAUUGGGGGAAGAGCACUUUCUUGGAAAUGGGACUCCUUUAUUGCAACUCUUAAUGUAACAGCACUGAUGACAUAGAUCAGCUUGUCUUUCAUUUAUAAACCAAUCCGCCUCGCUCUUUUCCUUUUUUGCAUUCGUGUCGAACGUGCCCCUUGUGCAAAGUGGGGCCCUCUGCACCAGCUGCCAACAAGUGAAGUAGCAGCACAUGCAGUUUUUAAAGACAGAGUGGGCAAUCGGUGACAUCUUUCUAACUUGAGUGGAACUGAAAAGUUUGCUGGGAUUCUUUUUCCUUUUUUUAACCACUCUAAAUUUCCUUUUUAAACGGAUUCAAAUAGAUUUUGUCAUGAUUUGAUUUAUGCAACUAUGCUGGAAUGAGAAAAGACUGCGUUUGUAAUUGCAUUGUGAUGUUGUUAACAUAGGCUCGUGUCCGGUAAUUGAAUAAGUCCCUCCUGUCUCUUUCCUCCUCGAUUAGUUUCCCUGUCCUCUAACAUCGACAUUCCAACAUUCCGGCCAUUGAUUUUUUUUUUCUUUCCUUUUUUUCUGUGCACUCUUUCUUCUUCCCUAUAUGAAUUUAAUUUCCCCCAAUUUCUUCAAUGUAAAUAGAGAGUCCUAUUUGAUGAAUUAUUGUUAAUGUUGUGUUGGUGUGUAUUGUAAAACUACUGCAAGAGCCUCAGGUGAAUCUUAGCACCAAGCACUGAUGAGUGUGUUUGUGUGUGUGCACAUUGUGUGUGAGACAUUUUCUCCCAGUGCCUGUGUAACGUCUGGUCCUCCGUGUGAGACAAAACACGGACGCCCUUUUGUCACGACUGUGUUUGCAUCCCCUGUGACCCCACAACAAAAACAACAGCAGAUGGAUUUCCAAUGGCGGGGUUCUCUUAAUUGUAGGUGCUGCGCUUUUCCCUUUUUGUCUUCACCUGUGAACGGAAUCAAGUGGCUCCGUCUCCUCCCCAUUCCCAUGAUCCCCUUUGCCCCCGUCUCGCCGCCAGGUUGAGUUUGACUCGGGAUGCCUGAGGUGAGCUCCCACAACUCUCCUAGCAACGGCCAAGCUGGCACUCUCGCCUCUCCCCAAGCUGCUCAUGUUGCCAUGGCAGCCAGGUGAUUCCCCCACAUACAUACAUAGGUGCCCUCUGAGGACUUCCGCCCGGACUGCAACCCUAUCCCCAUGUGGUCGCAUUAAAAUGCCUUACUUUUCCACUGCUCCUCCUGGCUCGUCUCACCUGUUGUGUUUGCUCAUGUGGGAUGCAAACAGCAGCUACACAAUGUUUGUGCGUCUUCUGUUUGGAAGAAUGUCUACACUGUAAAAAUGUUCAUUGUAAAUUCACAGCAAAUAUACUGGCUAAUAAUUGCGUUACUUUCACAGUAGCAUUUGCUGUAAUAUACUGUGAAAUCACAGUUAAUUGCUGUGAAUAGAAGGGUAAUUUUUUUUACAGGCAUGUGUUGUAAUGUUGCAGUAGCUUGAUUACAGCAUUUUAUUGUGGAAUAAGGGUAUCGUCAUUUUUACAGUCGUGUUGUAAUGUUAUGGUAACUUCUGAUUACAGUAUUUUACUGUGAAAUAAGGGCAUCGUCAUUUUUACAAUCAUGUGUUGUAAUGUUACAGUAACUUUUAUUUACGUUUUUUUACUGUGAAAAUAACAGUUAAUUGCUGUGAAAUACAAGGUUAUUGUAAUUUUUACAGUCAUGUGUCGCAAUCUUCCAAUAACUUUUGAUUACAGUGUUUUACUGUGGGGGAAAAAAAUACUGUAAAUCAUGGUACAUUUUUACAGUGUACAGUAGAUGUCGGUCACAUUAAGGGUUUUUAUUCCACUUGAAUCUAAAGAUUGUAGGAAAGUGAUGUCUGUGCACUAUAGUCAUUACAGGUGGACCAAGAUGAAAGCAAAUGUCUUUUGUGAUUAAAUUGAUUGGAGGUUAGUUCUCCUUUUUAGCCUUCCUUGUACAUCGCAUCAAAUUUGAACUUUUAAUAUAAAUAUAUGAACGCCUGUAAUAUUAUCUUUUUUAUAUAUACAAGAGCGAGCAGGGAUUUCCAAGGGAAAAAAGUGGAGGAUUUUAGCAUCAACAUAUCAAAUUGUUUUUAACGGCUUGCUACCUUUAUUAGAAAUGUAAACAUUGGAACAUUUCAUUAAAUGCAGUUUUAAAUUGUA